AGCAGGCCACAAGCAAGCUCGACAACACAGAGUGCCAACAGAAACCACCACAUCCCGAUCCCAAUUCGCAACGCAGAGUAAAGAAGAUGGCCGUGUCCGUGGGCAAGCAAUGGACGCGGGUGCGCACGCUCGGCCGCGGCGCCUCGGGGGCCGAGGUCUUCCUGGCCGCCGACGACGCCUCCGGGGAGCUCUUCGCGGUCAAGUCGGCGAGCUCGGCUUGCGCGGCGGCGCUGAGGAGGGAGCAGUGCAUCAUGUCCGGCCUGCGCUCCCCGCGCGUCGUCUCUUGCAUCGGCGGCCGCGGCGCCCGUGACGGCUCCUACCAGCUCUUCCUCGAGUUUGCCCCCGGCGGCUCGCUGGCCGACCGAGUGGCGAUCGACGGGGGCCUCGACGAGCGUGCCCUGCGCGGCUACGCGGCCGAUGUGGCGGCCGGGCUCGCGUACCUCCACGGCGCCGGGAUGGUGCACGGGGACGUCAAGGCGCGCAACGUCGUCAUCGGCGCCGAUGGCCGAGCCCAGCUCGCAGAUUUUGGGUGCGCGAGGAAGGCGGGAGCCGGUGGCGGGCCGAUCAUCGGCGGCACGCCCGCGUUCAUGGCGCCCGAGGUGGCGCGCGGCGAGGAGCAGGGCCCCGCGGCCGACGUCUGGGCGCUCGGCUGCAUGGUUGUCGAGAUGGCCACUGGACGCGGGCCGUGGAGCGGCAUGGACGGCAACGCGCUCGCGGCGCUGCACCGGAUCGGCUACACGGAGGCCGUGCCCGAGGUUCCCGAAUGGCUAUCCGCCGACGCGAAGGACUUCUUGGCCAGAUGCCUUGUCAGGCAGGCCAGCGGCCGGUGCACGGCCGAGCUGCUGCUGGAGCACCAGUUCCUGGCCUCGGCUGCCGUCGACGCGAAGCCGCGAACCAUGGAGGGCAAAUUGGUGUCGCCGAAGAGCACGCUGGACGCAGCAUUCUGGGAAUCGAAUUCAGACACGGAUGAGGCGGAGCACGACAGCUCGGCCGAGAUGAGGAUGAGGGCAUUGGCCUGCCCUGCCUCGGCGCUCCCGGACUGGGACUCCGAGGAGGGAUGGAUCGAUGUGCUCGCCGCGCCAACUGAAGCACCCGACGCAGUGCCCCUGGUGAUCGAGGAGAUGACCGACCUGGACAACGGCGCGAUCACAAACGAAGAACCCAGCGGCGCAGAGUCCGGCGUUCUCCCCAUUACUUUGGACGUGGAGUACAACGGCGAUGGCAAUAUAGCCUACGACGAUUCAGUUAGGCAUCGUCAGUCUUUUGAGUGUUUAGCUUGCCACGAAUUAUCAUGUACCGAAUUGUUGCUUUGCAACACAAAGAGUAAUGCAAAUGAUCUCGCUCUUGCACAAGCACUCCGUUUUCGUACUGCUGCUCUAUGUUUCACCGCUCCCCAUUGCGACACCUUCGAUUAG